ACCUACACACACAAUUGACAAUGUUGACCAGAUUAGGAUUAAGAGGAUUACCAUCCACCGCCAGAACCACCGCUAGAAGAAACUUCCAAUCUUCUGCCAGAGCCAUGAACGAAAUUUACGGUACUCCAGCUGAAGGUCCAUACUCCAAUAUUCCAUUCAAGGUUGUUGGUAGAAAGGUUAUCCCAUUCUCCGUUUUCUUCUUCGGUAUCAUGGGUACUUUCUUUGCCUUCCCAUUCAUCACCACCUGGUGGCACUUGAAGAAGUCUGGUUCUUUAGCCAAGUCUGACUAGAUAGGAAGUUUUGUUUACACUACUUUAAUUUUCAGUUCAACUUUAUGAUUUCCUUGCAUCAAAUACAGAAAGAUUUACCACCACUACCAGACGGAAUAUUGAUAUAUUCAUAUAGUGUAUAAUCCCAAACCCAAUAUAUAUUCAAGUUUAUG